UUUACUGGUUGAAAAUCGCCAAUAUAUCAGUGAAGGAGGAAAAACUCUGUGAGGCAGUAAAGGAAUAUAAACUAGCCAACAAACAAACAAGAAAAAAAUAUAGAAAAGCAACGAAUUUCUAGGGAGAGAGUAAUUCCGUGUAAGUUUCCAUUUUUAUCAACAGUGGGGAGGGUUGGGUUUCCAAGCCAGCUUGAGAAUAAAUAACCCCUGGAAAGACUAAGUGUAGCUGCAAAGACUUCUUUGACAGAGACUGGGCCCGAGUUUGACAGAGAGACUGGGCCCGAGUAGGCGAAGUUGUUUUUAUGUUGGAAAUCCGCUGCCAAGGUGUAACGCUGUCUUGUUAAGUUUUCCUUCGACUUUCUCGUUCUUUCGGUCAAUCUGUUUUGGAGCCUGUUUUGACCUUUCGUGGCCUCUUGGUGGCUCGUUUAUUUAAUGUUUUUCUAGUAUUUCAUCCAGCCAAGACUUAUAAUUCGUUAACUUAGGGAAUGAUCCAGUAUAUUUUGAAAAUGUGACCUGCUUUAAGUUUCAUCCACUGUCAGCCAGGGUAUCGCAUGUGACUGUCACCUUCACAGCUGGCAAUUUUAAGUUCAUGGCAGCUACCUCAGUUUACCGAGGAAGUUGCCCGAUAAACUGCCGCAGUUUUCACUAUGGCGAGCAAUUUUAAUGGAGAUUCGGAGGAUGGAAGUGGUCAAGACAGCUUAAAACCGCCGCCGCGCUCGAAGUCGCGAACAAAAUCCGUAGACGAACUUGUCGCUAAGUUGGAGGAGCAAAAUAGGCUGUUAAGCAGUGAUUCUAAGGCACUGACAACAAUACCAGAUUCUCCAUCUCUGGGGCUUGGCAACAAGAGGUGGUCAACAUGCAGCGUGGGAAGCAAUUCCAUAGAUACUACAAGUGAUUCUCCAGAAACACCUGAAAAUUAUGACGAGGUGUGUGGGGAAGCAGAUACUUAUCAUCAGUGGGGACAACUCAUCGGCAACUGGUCUGAUGCUCAACGGAAGAAACCUAAGUUUGUGCGAGACAUGGUCAGGCGAGGUGUCCCCAAUGCUUUGCGUGGCAUGGUCUGGCAAAUGCUCUGCGAGGCAAGGGAUUUUCCUCUUAGAGAUCAGUAUCCUCAGCUCAUUAAGAGUAAUUCAGCCUGUGAAAGGAUGAUUAAACGGGAUAUUGCUAGAACAUUUCCUGAUCAUUCCUUCUUUAAAGAUAAAGAUGGCAUUGGGCAAGGAACUCUUUUCAAUGUCAUUAAGGCAUACUCCAUCUGGGAUAAGGAAGUGGGAUAUUGUCAAGGAAGUGCAUUCAUUGUUGGCAUAUUGUUAAUGCAGAUGCCUGAGGAAGAUGCAUUUUGCGUAUUUGUAAAGCUCAUGCAGGAUUAUAGAAUGAGAGAGAUCUUUAAACCAACAAUGGCAGAACUUGGACUAUGCAUAUUUCAGCUAGAAAGCAUGUUGCAGGAAAGCCUGCCUUUGUUGUUCUCACAUUUCCAAGCCCAGGGAUUUGAUACAGCUAUGUAUGCGUCGUCAUGGUUCUUGACGCUGUGUGCAUCUGUGUUUCCUUUGAAUGCAGCCUUUAGGAUUAUGGAUGUCUUCAUCUGUGAGGGAAGGGAAGGGCUCUUUCGUGUCAUCUUGGCGAUGCUUACUCUAGGCCAAGAGGAAAUACUAGAACUUGAUAUUGAAGGAAUGCUGAAGUACUUUCAGAAAACAAUGCCUGGAAAAUACGAGAAAGACAUGAAUGUUCUGAUGAAGGCAGCAGCUGAAGUUAAAGUGAGCUCAAAGAAAUUAAAGAGGUUAGAAAAGGAGUACACUCGUGUGAAACACAAGGAAGCGGAAGACAACGAAGAACUACGACGUCUGAAAACAGAAAACAGACUGCUGCUUCAAAGGAUAGAUGAACUGGAGAAAGAGGGCGCCAAUCUGGCUGAUACAUUAAUUCAGGGUCAAAUUACUCGAGCGGAGGAACAGGAAGAAAUCUACGCCCUCAAACGAGAUCUUGUAGUUUUCAGAAGGCGCGAUGAGGCAACCACAGUGGCUCUUUUAGAAGCCAACAGACGAAUAGAAGAACUCACGAUGUUCAAGAAUCACAUUAUUAACGAGAUGAGUGGGCGACAGGAUGACUCUCCUCCCUCUCCACGUGACGUCAAGAUCAUUGCACUGGAGGCAGAGCUGGAAGAGUAUAGGCAGAGAGACUUGAAAACAAAUCAAAUCAUCAAUGAUUUGACGAGGAAGUCACGAGAUUUAGAAACUGAGCUUUACCUUGCAAAGGAUGAGACAGGGAAAGCGUCUUUUCCUCAAGGGUCUUUUAUUGGGUCAGAGGUAAAUGUUGAUGAAAUUACUACAACAACAGAGAAUGGCUCCUUUGAGAGCGAGGCAAGCUGAUUGGGGCCAUUAAUGCUGGAGCGGUGAGGCGUUUUAUAGUCACAGUAUUUGUACAAACAUGAAUCUGAAUUGUCCCUUGAAAGGUCUUAAGACUAAAAGCGUGUAAUGGCACCAGGUUUAAUUGGUACUGUUAUAAAGUAAAACUUGUUGAAAAAUUGGCCAAAUGGCGCAUAAGUUUAAUAAAUUAUGUAACAAAGUUAUCGACAGUGGCAAGAUCCGGUUCGAUAAGUUUGCCAUUUACUCUCAAUGUUUAUUUUGAAAUAGUUCAAAAAUAAUUUCUUUGUUUUACUUGAAUUAUACGAUUUCGUUCAUGGCAAGAGAUUUGCAUAAUGAAAUAAGUUUGGUCUGCGGCUUGAUGCCAAGCACUUAACUGUACCCUACACUGAAGUGAAAAUCUUAAGAUGCGGGACAAACUGAUUGUUCCAUAAAUGAGAGUUGGAAAAAGUUGUGGUCUGUCACUAGCAGAGAGGAGACAAUUUUGAAAGAAAUUCCAUUAGUUUUCCUUUAGUUGUAAUCCUUAUUCACAAAUGUCAAUUUGAACAUUCUCGUUGGUCACAAUAAUUAUACUGGCUUGUCAGUUUUCGAUUGCUCUGUAUCUCACCAUGUACACUUUCAUUUUGAGCUGAUUGCGAUGGGCACUUAAAAUGUCUUGACAGACCAUCUUUGAAAACAAUCAUUAAUUUUUCAGUAAUCACAAAGAUUUACAACAUUUUUCCCAAGAAUUUCCCUAAAAAAUAAAACCGGAUUUUAGCGAGGUAAUUGAACUGGCGAGUUCCCCCAAGUGCACCGGUUACGGAAGUAAACUGUCUUAUACGAAAUAAGUAGAGCAAUUGAAAGUUAUGAAAGUUGCAAAAAAGGGAACUUAAAUAUGAAUGGGUAACUUAAGAUAGUCGUAGCCAUUCCUGUUUUGCUGAGUAAAGAAUUUAAAUUUUUGGUAAUUAAUAUUUUCAAACUAAUGGUUACAAACAGGAGGGAUCCCUCCUGGUUACAAAUUUGAUAUUAAUAGAGUAUUAUUUUAAGAAUUAUUUCAGUAAUAUUAAAUUUAUUGAGAGCAUGGUUUUGUGAUAGCUCAGUUUGUCAUUAAGAUGUAUCGACUUUUAUUAACUUUUACAAAAUACCAUGUUCAAAGGAAAUGAAGGAGAGUUAGUUCUCUGCGGUAAAAUAGUACUAAUAUUUCAGUGUCCAUGGAAAAACAAAACCUGUAACCCUUUGUUAAAAUUUACUUUACUUCAAGGAGAUCACAUGUCUUUGAUGAUAGACAAUCGAAGAUGUACUUGGUUAUUUUGUGUUGUAUGAGAUGUUUUUUUUUAAUCAAGAUAUGUGAUGUUGAUAUUUAUUAGUCUAAAAUCCCUGAAAGACACUCUAGAUUGUGUCAAGUAAACAGAAAAUACAACUCUUACCCUUGAUUCAAUUAGCCAACAAGCAAAUUCUGUUCACGUGUCAAAAUAAUGAUGCUUAUUGUUGUACAAUGUGGGAGAAUUUGACUAUGUAUUAAAUUACAUGUGUGUACAAAAUUUUACUUGACUUCGUUAAGGAAUUGCCCAUCAGUCUUGGUGGAACAUUGCUGUUAUUCAUUAAAUCUACUAUUGAUAAUCUGAACCUGUAUUCUAAUCACUUUCAGGUGUGAUGUUUUCGUUGUUAGUGUGGGGUGUGGUGGGGUGGGGGGUAUUAGAUGCUGUUCGCCCGUUGAGCUGAAAGGCUUGUGUAAACAAGAGGACGUUUUGAAUUUUUAAUUUAUUUCAACACAGUUGACAAUUACAGCAGUGUAAAUGAUUAAGCUGGACUCUACUGGGGUAAAGCUGAUUGCUGCAAGGAGGCGGAGAGCUGAGAAUAGAAGGAAAUAAUAAAACAGUUUAAUUAUA